AUGAUAAUAUAAUGUUUUACAAUAAUAUUGCGCGAACGGCGCGGCGUGCAGGCGUAACGUAUACGCGUGUACGUUUGCCGCAUCACAUGUCGAUAGCCCGCCGCAGUCGCGGGACAUGCGGCCAUGGGAUGUGGACACUCGGAUCGCAAGUCGUCCGGUUCGCGGACAACGGCGUCUGCGUCAUCGUCGCCGGACCGUCGGGAUGCCGUCGGUGCAUGGUGCGGCGGCCGGGUUGCGCGCGGUGGCGACAACCGGCACGCCGAUGACGCGUUCGCGCACUACAACAAUUACGGCGCCGUGGGAUUUCACGCCGGGUUUCCCGUCCACCGUAUUACCAAAGUGACGCAGGUUGAACAGGUGGAUGUUUGUGAAGAACAAAACAAUAAAAUAUCUUUACAUGAUGAUUAUAACAAUUCUCAAGGGUUCCCAGAAGUAUUGACAAUUAAUGGUAGUUGGAUAUAUGGCUUAAAUGCAGGAGGAUCAAGGAAUAAUUUAGACAUGUUUGAAACAAAUCCUCAAUAUUUGCUCAAAUUUCCUACAGGAAUUAUAGAAGAAAAUUUAUUUGUUACAAUAAAAAUAAUAUUAAAAAUAAAACGAAUACACAAAAAAAAUCCAUUACACGUUGCAUUUUUUUUAUUCAAAAAUGAUUGUGAACAAAAAGAAACAUUAGGAGCUGAAUAUUUUUUGUGUACUGAACCAGAAGGUAGUUCAGGAGUUUUCAAAUCAAAACAAAUGAUUUCAGAAACAUUUAUAGUGUCUACAUUGAGAAGCUAUGUUAUAGUACCAGCUACUUUCAAACCAUUCCAACAAGGUGAAUUUGUGAUCAAAGUAAUGGUUGACCGAAAAAUUGACUCCGAAUUAAAAAAAUUGAUACCGCCAACAAGACCAUCUGUUGGAAAUAUUCACAUACAAUAACAAUCAUAUUUUUUAGAAUAUUGAUUUUAUAUGUUAAUUAUUUUAUUUGAGUGCAUUUACUUGUUACAUAGUUAAUAAAAAAUUAAUGUAUUUUUUAAAUAAAUAAACAUUGUGUAUACUA